UCGCGGGACGGAGGGCGGGAUUCUCGCGGGUCUGGCAGUCAGCGCCGCGGUGCUCCUGGCUUUUGGCUCUUGUGGCCGCGGGACCUGUCUGUCCGGCCCAGCAUGUCGCUCUUCUCUCUGCGGGGACUUCUACCCAAACACCGGAGACAGAGGAGUCCCCAUCGAUCUGACUGACGGACACUGUGGAGAGCUGAGGACACGAAGCGGAGGACCAUGACUGUCAGGGCUCGGUCCCUGCUGCUGCUGCUGCUGCUGCUGCUGCACUCGAUGCGCGAAGUUCGAGCUCAAGUGGAAAACCGUGUGAUUUUCCUGCCAGGAACGUUCCAGAACGUGAGCCUCUCACAGAAUGAGACGGUGCAGGCCGUUGUAUCCCGCAUCCCCCCCGAGGUUGCGUUCAUCACUCUGCAGUUUCACACGCAGCAUCGCAACGUCACCCUCUCCUACAACAGGGUGAGAAAAGGUGACACUCCUCCACUCUGCGACGAAUCGACAGAACCCACCACGCGCUGGCGGCUGCAGUAUGACAUCUACCAGUACUUCCUGCCUGAGAAUGACUUAUUAGAGAGCAGCCUGUUCCGCGGCAUCCAGGAAAUGGCUGACACCCAGGGCAUGAUGGCGCACGGCAAACGGGUCAUGACGUUGUUAUCUACAGAUAUGAGCAUGGCAGUGUUCAACUCCAUCCCCGGCCAGGGCGUCAUCUACUCUGUCAUCGUCAGAGACCCUCUGCUGAACACCUCAGCCUCCUACAUCCCCGUCCACACCUACGCCUGCAGCUUCGCUUCCACCCUGGACAGUUGUGAAACUCUGGGAAAAAUAUCCACGAAAGUGUUUUUCACCAUCACUGGCUUGGUGGGCCUGUUUGUCUGCUUCUUUGGGCAUCGGUUCUUCAAAUGUGAGUUGUUUUGUAUGGGGUUCAGCUUCGCGGCAUUUUUCUUCUUCGUGUUGAUCACCAGGACGACAGACCUGACCUAUGACCUCCGUCUGGUCUUGUCAGCGAUGAUUGGCGUGGUGGGCGGGGUCCUCCUGGUGAUGAGCUGGUGGCGUUUCGGCUCUGUCAUGGUCUGCAUCGUCGUGGUCGGCCUGAUGCUCGGCUUCCUCAUCGCCUCAACUGUCCUCUUCACUCCUCUGGGUGACAUCGACGUGUUUAGGAACUCGGACGUGGUUUUCUGGGUGACAUUCUGCUGCAUCCUGGUCAUCGUUCCACUCUUCUUUGUGCGAUGGCCCAGAGAGGGCAACAUCACCACAUGUGGCGUCGUCGGUGCUUACGCUGUGAUUCUGGCCGUCAACGCCUACAUGUACACCAGCCUCUCCUUCAUCACCCUCAACAUCCUCAAACGCCUGCAGAACAACAACUUCAGCGCCGUGUUCACAGACGUGCCGUUCCAAACCAUCGACUACAUCAUGAUCACAGUGUGGGUGGUGCUCGGCGUCAGCGGCAUCGUCCUGCAGCUCUACCGCGAGAGCUCGCGGCCGUUCUUCCCGCCCAGCCCGUACCUCAUGUGGCUGCAGGAGCGGGAGCGCCGCAGGACCAACGUCCUGGACCCGAGCCACCACUUCCCCCCGCUGCCCAACCGCCUGCUGGCCCGAGCACGGCAGCUCACCAGGCGCAUGGAGCCGGCAGGAGAGCACACGCCUCUACUCCUGUGAACCUACGUUUGUCGCCUCUGGGUAAAACCAGGUUUCGCGUACAGUCAAUAAAAUCCCUGUGAUGUAUUGUUGACGAGCGGAGGCUCAGACCGCCACAUGGACGCCAGAGAGGUCUGGUGUUGUUCCCCCGUGACUGGUGUCGGGAUUUGACCCCACAUCAGCUGACUAAAAACAUUCUCAACAUCAAUGACACACAGAGGGAUCAAAUCACUGACGUUCUUCAGGUCCGGUCGAAUUUUUUUAAACAAAAUGUUUGUGCGACGACUGUGACAACCACUGCCAGUUUUAUGAAGCACUUCAAAGAUAUUUUAGCCUGAACGAGAAGAAUAAAAAGGCAAAUGUUUUUAUUAAUAACACAAAUGUCGCUGUGGAUGUUUGGUGUCGUCUGUCGCUUCUAAUCAUGUUUGCACUGAAAGUCACAACUAACUACUAAUGAUUGAAGUCGUGAGGCAUCGUAUCUCCGGAGAGUCGCAUUAAUACCACCCCCGCUGUUUUUUGUUUUGGACCUGUCUUGUUUGCGUUUAAACUACUUCACACACUUUGAUAAAAACACAUCAUGGACCUGAAGCUCAAGCUGAAAUUGAAAGGAUGAAGUUUAUGUGAUGUUUACAUGUGUUGGACUGAACUGUGGACGUGCCAUUUAAUCUGUCAGCAGACACGAGGUCAUGAAGGUGACAACUGACAAAGUAAUCAAACACAGCAAUACACAGAGUUUAUAUUUUAUUUACACAAAUAACAAACACUUUGUCAGGACUGAUGUCCCUCCUGCGUCUGUGAUGGGACCGUCCCCGUCGGUCCUCUGAUACUCGGCACAUGUGAUUGUAAUGUUGAAUUUUACCUUGGUGGUAACAGCACUGACUGAUUGUGUGUUGAUCUGUGAAUCUGUCACCUGUGUGCCAUGACUUCUCUCAGGGUUUCACACUCAGCUUUUAGACACGACGCACUGAGACAGCGAAUGAGACCUUGGACCCGAUCGCUCAGGUCGUCAGUAUUUUAUUCAGUGUCUGAGCUGCACUGUCUGGUCUCAUGACUUUUUAGAAAAAACAAAACUGUGUUGAACAGUGAGGUCAAGUGUAAUUUAACAUGUUUUGAUAUUUAAUAAAUGCCUACAGGU